AUGGAAGAGGAGCUCAUCCUCAGCUGUGAUUGUGGUGUUAUGGUACUGGCACUCAGCCGGGGUUCUCUUCCUUCCCGCGCACUCAUCUUGUCGAAAGGCAACUUCUCUUUUCCUUCGGCUGCUAAGGUGCCUGCGUCCCUCCCGUUCCUAUCAGAUGGAGAUACCAAGCGGCCAUGUCCCCAGCGACGGCUACGAUCCCCUGCUGAAUCGUCCAUGUGGGAUAAGUUCCAAUUCUUCGUCUCGAUCUGGUGUCCCCUUGGCAAAAUCCUUGAACCUUGGGUGAAAUUUUUACUUUUGUUUGGGACCUUCUACGAGCUGUACUGUCUUCGCACGGUAGCACCGGAAAGGGUAGUUCUCGCACCCCUUACAAGGACACGAUCCUAUGGCAAUGUUCCUCAGCCCCAUGCCAUACUGUAUUAUCAGCAGAGAACAACCAAAGGAGGCCUCUUGAUUGCCGAGGCCACUGGAGUCUCAGACACUGCCCAAGGGUACAAAGAUACUCCUGGCAUUUGGACAAAAGAGCAGGUGGAAGCAUGGAAGCCUAUCGUAGAUGGGGUUCAUGCCAAGGGAGGGAUAUUUUUCUGUCAGAUUUGGCAUGUCGGAAGAGUCUCUAAUCAUACUUAUCAGCCUAAUGGACAAGCUCCAAUAUCGAGCACCGAUAAGCCAUUGAAACCUAUGGUGAUAGAUAAUCACAUAGUAGCUGAUUUCUCAACGCCUAGGCCACUGGAGACCGAUGAGAUCCCUAUGGUCAUCAAUGAUUUCAGGGUUGCUGCUAGAAAUGCAAUUGAAGCUGGAUUUGAUGGUGUUGAGAUCCAUGGGGCUCAUGGCUAUUUGAUCGAUCAGUUCUUCAAGGACCAAGUCAAUGGACGCACUGACAAAUACGGCGGGAGCUUAGAGAAUCGUUGUCGGUUUGGACUAGAAGUGGUCCAAGCCGUGGUAGAUGAAAUCGGAGCUGAUAAGGUUGGGAUGAGGCUCUCGCCCUUUGCAAACUACUGGGAAUCGUCAGACUCCAACCCGGGAGCUCUAGGCCUGUACAUGGCACAAGCGCUGAACAAAAUUGGGAUCCUCUACUGUCACACGGUCGAGCCAUGGAUGAUAACGUUCGUUGACAAGGUUGAAACUCCAAAUAGCCUUGGCGCCAUGCGGGAUGCUUUCAAGGGAACGUUUAUCGUAGCCGGUGGCUACAACAGGGAGGAUGGAAAUGCAGCUGUCUCCGGUGGCUAUGCUGAUCUGGUUGCAUGCGGGCGCUUGUUCUUGUCUAAUCCUGACUUGCCUCGGAGGUUUGAGAUCGAUGCUCCUCUAAACAAGUACAACAGAGAUACUUUCUACAUCUCUGAUCCAGUUGUUGGAUACACUGAUUACCCAUUCCUUUCAUCCAAUGUAUAA